ACCCCGACAUGUCUGCGUUCGCCGAGUUCGUCCCACCUCCUGAAUGCCCGGUGUUUGAACCGAGUUGGGAGGAUUUCUCGGAUCCUUUAGGAUUUAUCAACAAGAUCCGACCCAUCGCAGAGAAAACGGGGAUCUGCAAGAUCCGGCCACCGGAAGACUGGCAGCCUCCCUUUGCCUGUGAUGUACGCAACUUCCGCUUCACUCCCAGAGUGCAAAGACUGAAUGAACUAGAGGCUCUCACUCGGGUUAAGCUCAACUUUUUGGAUCAGAUUGCAAAGUUCUGGGAAUUGCAGGGAUCUAAGAUUCGAUUCCCUCACGUGGAGAGAAAAAUCUUGGACCUUUAUCAACUCAGCAAGAUAGUUUCAUCUGAGGGCGGCUUUGAGACGGUGUGUAAAGACAAGACAUGGUCCAAAGUGUCGAGCCGAAUGGGGUUUCCACCCGGGAAAGGCAUCGGUUCACUUCUACGCUCACACUAUGAGAGAAUACUUUACCCCUAUGAGCUCUUCCAGUCAGGGGCAACACUUACUGGCCGCCACCGAUUCUAUGAUGAAGGGAAUGGAGAAGAAAUGGACGAGGGAGUUGGUGAGAACGGUGGAGGAAGACGAACAAGAGAUGAAGAGGAGAAGGAGAACAGGGACGGCGAUGCAACACAAACCAAAGAUCGACUUCUGCCUGAGAGACGAUCCAGGCGCCUGAAGUCUGAGAGGGAAAACAAGGAGCCGAAAGGCCUCAAAAUCUUCUCAACAAGCCCCAAGAUGGUCGGCCUGGAGAUUGUAUCAGCUGAUGAUGGAUUCAAUAAGCGGCAGCGUCACCUCAAAGCUCAGGCUUUUGCCAUCAAAAUGAGGCCUCGCAAGGAGACUCUGGAGGUGAACUUUAUUGACCUCUAUCUCUGCCUGGUGUGCGGACGAGGCGAUGAGGAGGACCGGCUGCUGCUGUGCGACGGCUGCGACGACAGCUACCACACCUUCUGCCUGAUCCCACCGCUGCAGGAUAUACCCAAAGGGGACUGGCGAUGCCCGAAGUGUGUUGCUGAGGAGUGCAGUAAGCCCAGGGAGGCAUUUGGCUUCGAGCAGGCAGUGAGGGAGUACACUCUGCAAGGCUUUGAGAUGGCCGACCACUUCAAGUCUGACUAUUUCAACAUGCCUGUACAUAUGGUUCCCACUGAGUUGGUAGAGAAAGAGUUCUGGCGUCUGGUCAGCAGCAUCGAGGAGGACGUCAUUGUGGAGUACGGCGCCGACAUCAGCUCCAAGGACGUCGGCAGCGGGUUCCCUGUCAGAGACGGCAAGAGGAGGCUGCUUGGAGAUGAGGAGGAGUAUGCCAACUCCGGCUGGAACUUGAACAACAUGCCUGUGCUCGAGCAGUCUGUGCUCACCCACAUCAACGUAGACAUCUCAGGCAUGAAGGUGCCCUGGCUGUACGUGGGCAUGUGUUUCUCCUCGUUCUGCUGGCACAUUGAGGACCACUGGAGUUACUCCAUCAAUUUCUUACACUGGGGUGAACCUAAGACUUGGUAUGGGGUGCCAGCCUCUGCAGCGGAGAAGCUGGAGGCUGUAAUGAAAAAGCUGGCCCCGGAGCUGUUCGACUCCCAGCCUGACCUCCUCCAUCAGCUGGUCACCAUCAUGAAUCCCAACGUCCUCAUGGAACAUGGCGUCCCCGUAUGUCGCUCUGGUGUACAGAAAAAUCAAUGUGCAGGGGAGUUUGUGGUUACUUUUCCCAGAGCUUACCACAGCGGCUUCAAUCAGGGCUAUAACUUUGCUGAGGCUGUGAACUUCUGCACAGCGGACUGGUUACCAAUGGGUCGCCAGUGUGUUGCUCAUUACCGGCGGCUCCACCGGUACUGUGUGUUUUCCCACGAGGAGCUGCUGUGCAAGAUGGCCGCUGAUCCAGAGAGCCUGGACGUGGAGCUAGCUGCAGCCGUCUUCAAAGAAAUUGGGGAGAUGAUGGAAGAAGAGACCAAACUGCGACAGGCUGUCCAGGAAAUGGGGGUGCUUUCAUCAGAACAAGAGGUCUUUGAGCUUGUUCCAGAUGAUGAGCGGCAGUGCCACAAGUGUAAGACGACCUGUUUCCUGUCGGCGCUGACGUGUUCCUGCAGCCCCGAUCGGCUGGUGUGUCUGCACCACGCGGCAGACCUCUGUGACUGUCCCCUCGGCAACAAGUGUCUUCGUCGCUACGAUCUCGAGGAGUUUCCUUCUAUGCUGUACGGAGUGAAGACUCGGGCGCAGUCCUACGACACAUGGGGGAAGAGGGUCAAUGAGGCUUUGGCUGCUGACCAGAAAAACAAGAAAGAUCUCAUUGAGCUCAAGGUUUUGCUGGAGGAUGCAGAGGACAGAAAAUAUCCUGAAAACACUUUGUUCCGCCGCCUGCGGGAGAUGGUCAAAGAGGCGGAGACGUGCUCCUCUGUCGCCCAGCUGCUGCUCAGUCGCAAGCAACGGCACAGUGGCCGCCUGCGUUCCGAAAGCAGUCGCAAUCGUACUAAACUGACUGUGGAUGAGCUGAAAGCCUUUGUGGACCAGCUCUACAGGCUGCCUUGCAUCAUCAGUCAGGCGCGGCAAGUCAAAGAGUUGCUGGAGAACGUGGAAGACUUCCACGAGCGUUCUCAGGUGGCGCUGUCAGACGAGAUGCCCGACUCCUCCAAGCUGCAGGCGCUGCUGGACCUGGGCAGCGGGCUCGACGUCGAGCUGCCAGAGCUGCCAAGACUCAAACAGGAGCUCCAGCAGGCUCGCUGGCUCGACGAGGUGCGCAUUACCCUCGCUGAGCCCCACCGCGUCACUCUGGAGCUGAUGAAGCGGCUGAUCGACUCUGGCGUGGGCCUGGCUCCCCACCACGCGGAGAAGGCCAUGGCUGAACUCCAGGAGAUCCUCACCGUCUCAGAGAGAUGGGAGGAUAAAGCUCGUGCCUGCCUGCAGGCCAGGCCUCGUCACAGCAUGGUAACCCUGGAGAGCAUAGUCCUGGAAGCCCGGAAUAUCCCAGCAUAUCUGCCUAAUAUUCUGGCUCUGCGAGAGGCCUUACAGAAAGCCAAGGACUGGUCUGCCAAGGUGGAGGCCAUCCAGAGUGGCAGCAGCUACGCUUACUUGGAGCAGCUGGAGAGUUUGCUGGCAAGGGGUCGAUCGAUCCCCGUUCGGCUUGAUCCGCUGGCUCAAGUGGAGUCUCAGGUGGCUGCAGCCCGAGCCUGGAGAGAGAGAACGGCUCGCACCUUUCUCAAGAAGAACUCUACCUACACACUGCUUCAGGUGGGUUCUCAGUCCCGUGUGGACAUUGGAGUGUAUGGCAACAGCAAGAGCAAGAGAAAACGUGUCAAGGAGCUGAUGGAGAAGGAGAGAGGCGGCUUCGAUCCUGACGCUCUCAGUGACCUGGAGGAGAGCCUGGAGGAGGUGCGCGACCCUUCGACUGUUGUUGCAGCCUUUAAAGCCAAAGAGCAAAAAGAGGUGGACGCCAUCCACUCGCUACGGGCCGCCAAUUUAGCCAAGAUGGCCAUGGCAGACCGCAUCGAGGAGGUCAAGUUCUGCCUGUGUCGAAAAACUGCCAGCGGCUUCAUGCUACAGUGCGAACUGUGUAAGGACUGGUUUCACGGCGCGUGUGUGCCGCUGCCGAAGACGGGAACCCAGAAGAAACUAGGCGUGGGGUGGCAGAGCAACAGCAAAGAGUCCAAAUUCCUGUGUCCGCUGUGCCAGCGGUCGAGGCGGCCGAGACUAGAGACGAUUCUGUCGCUGCUGGUUUCGCUACAGAAGCUGCCGGUGCGUCUGCCCGAAGGAGAAGCUCUGCAAUGUUUGACAGAGAGAGCGAUGAGCUGGCAGGACAGAGCACGGCAGGCUCUUGCCACAGACGAGCUGUCCUCAGCGCUGGCAAAGCUGUCUGUACUAAGUCAGCGCAUGGUGGAGCAGGCGGCGCGGGAGAAAACGGAGAAGAUCAUCAACGCUGAGCUGCAGAAAGCUGCAGCCAACCCCGAUUUGCAGGGCCACAUCCAAACGUUUCAGCAGUCGGGGUUCAGCAGAGCCACGUCCCCGCGCCCGUCUGUGGACUACGACGAUGAGGAGACGGAUUCAGAUGAAGACAUCAGGGAAACUUAUGGUUAUGACAUGAAGGACCCAGGCGAGGUGAAGCCCUACCUGUUCUGCGAUGAGGAGAUUCCUGUUAAAUCUGAGGAGGUGGUCAGUCACAUGUGGCCUGCCGCCACGCCGUCCUUCUGCGCUGAACACGCCUACUCCUCAGCCUCCAAGUCCUGCGUGCAAAAUGUGAGCACACCCAGGAAGCAGCCCAGGAAGACGCCGCUGGUCCCCCGCACUCUGGAGCCGCCGGUGCUGGAGCUGUCCCCGCAGGCCAAGGCCCAGCUGGAGGAGCUGAUGAUGCUGGGAGACCUGCUGGAGGUGUCCCUG